GGAAAACCACCAACUCUAAUUUUCCUGCAUGUCCUGUAGUAAAAACGCACAGAAUAUUAAUCUGACUACCUGUCUUCCCGAAAAUCGCUUUUCACGGGAAAUGAAUGCAACAUGGUCAUCGUUUUCGUUGCGAUGGAAAGCUCAGAGGUGGAGAAGGGGUUGUUUUUCCCUUAGUAGGCUCGUUCCCGCUGAGUCUCAGGAUCCAAAAACCAGCCAAGACAGCGUUUUUAUCCCUCAGUCAGGCAGCUCGCGAAAUGAGACUCAGGGAGUGGAAACCCUUAGCUCGGAGAAAGAAGAGGAGACUUACCAAACAAAAAAUUCAGAACUCACCCCUAAAAUAAUCGACUUAGAUCUAUGGAAUCGGUACUGGAAAGCGUAUUCGGACCAAUACGGCGACCUGCUGGACGGCCUCGCGAUGCUGCUUGACAAGACUGACGCGGCCCCUGUCUCCUGGUGCGCUGUCUUCCUCGCGCUAAAACGAACCACCCCUUGUUCUACGCACCACCCUGAGAGCAAGGAUGACGAAGUCCUGGAAUACAUCCAGAAAAAUUUCGGGAAAUGGGUUCAUGCCGCAUCGCAUCGCUUCGGUGCAAUCGAAUCGAUGGAUUACAAUCAGUGGAUCGUCAAGAUACAGUUUACUGGGCCUGAGGCCGCGGCUGCAUUUCAACUCUGGGCCUCGGACCUUUCAUUAGAGACAUUUUUACGAACUAGGCCGGAUGGGGAAUCACUACCACCUAAAUAUGAAACGCCCUCAUCAAAGACACUUCUUUCGGAGUUCCAUCUGCAGGCUUGCUUGGCCCCUCGUAACGCCACGAAAACGAGCGCCUUUCUAAAACUUGGUUAUGGGAUGCUUUUACCUACUGCGCAUGUUCAAGCGCUCUUGAUAGGACUUUUUGAUGCCACGAAAAUCAUAUACAAACCCCAGGAUAGUUCUUUUGUGAUUUCCUUUAAAGAUUUUCGCAGUGCUAGACUUGCCAUUCAUGCAUUACAGUUCUCCCUACUGGAGGUAUUUAACAUGUCUCUAGAGUUUUGUGAGGAGGGUGUAAUCGUCUGA